AUGGCUGGCCAAGGCGUCAGCAAUCACGAAAGUGCAGUGAAUGCAGCGGGUUACGAGCGUCUCCCCGCCCCUACACCCGACGGCUUGGCGGACGCAGAGGCCCAAGUCCUGGACGACACCACCGUCGAGGAGCUGUGCGAGCAUGUCAAUCGCGCUCCCUGGCUCCGGGCCCUGGUGCUGGGAGCCAACGACGGCCUGGUGUCGGUCGCUGCCCUGCUCAUCGGCGUGACGGCUGGCUCCUCCGAUCUGGCUGCCAUGCGCCUGUCUGGCAUCGCGGGCAUCGUGGGCGGCGCCCUGUCCAUGGCGGUGGGCGAGUACAUCUCCGUGUCCUCUCAGCGCGAUGCCGAGGAGGCAGACAUCAUGCAGGAGCGGCUGGAGCAGCUCAAGGGCCCCGACGCAAGGGCCAAGGAGCAGACCGAGCUGGCCCAGAUCUACGUGGAUCGCGGGCUGCCGCCCAACCUGGCGGCCCAGGUGGCGCAGGUCCUGUCCAACCACCACCUGGAGGACGUGGUGCGGACUCACGCCCGCGACGAGCUGGGCAUCGAUGUGGACGAGCUGGCGCGCCCGCUCCAGGCUGCCGUGGUGUCGGCCCUGUGCUUCACCUCCGGCGGGCUCAUGCCCCUGCUCGCCGCCGCCUUCGUGCACGACCAGACCGUGCGGCUGAUCGCCAUUGCGGGGGCCACCACGCUGGGCCUGCUGCUCUUCGGCGUGCUCGGUGCCUUCUUGGGCGGCGCGCACAAGUUCCGCGGCGCGGCCCGCGUCGUGCUCGGCGGCUGGCUCGCGCUGGGUGUGGUGUACGGCAUCGGGAAUCUGCUGGGCGUGGAGGGGGCGGCGUGA